AUGUGGACCAAGCUCCCCGCGCCGCUUCAUGGUCUCGUACUCGACCACCUCGAAUUUGCGGACGUGCUCAGGGCGACGACGACUGGCAGCGGGGGUCGAGACGCCAUGGAGCACAUCAACGUCGUGUCUCGAAUGAACCCGGGGUUCAUUAUGGGCACCCAGGGUAACGAAUGGGAAGAAACCCUCAUGCUGAAGAAAUUGAAACGGUGUGAGGUUAUCCGGGUCGCCGGGCCGCGCGGCGACUACGCGCCGCUCGUGGACGAGCUCAAGGGGCUACGAGACGUUCUCACGAAUGGUGCCACCUUCGACAUCGACUUGGCUUUGGGCUGGUGCGAAGACAACUUGAUCUGGUGCGAACAGAAUGGCGCGGACGAGCUCUCCGAGAUCGUCGAAUCGGAGAAUUUCGACGAUUUCGUCGCUCGGCUCGAGCUCGAGCCGCGCAUGGGCCGGAGCAUCCGGAGGCAAUUCAGAGAGUACAUAUACCACAACCUCAUCGAGCGAUGCAAUGGUGUCUGGAAGGACGGCGGCAGCCCCGACGACGAAGGCGUGGUGGCGUGGAUUCGGGAGCCCGAGAACUGGCUCCACCGCAAUAACAGCCACGAGGUCUAUGCGGCCAUGGCAGACCACCUCGGCAUCAAGCUGACCCAUGAAAACAAGAGGAAGAUGACGAAGAUCAUCAGAGAGGCGCUCAUUGCCGACUACGAAGACAACCCCGACGAGUGCUAUGAGUGGAUUGUUCAGCUCGGGCUGCGGCUGGGAGCCGCCCUGAAGGAGUUGGCGGGAAGGAAGGCCAAGAAGCAGCGGAUCGAGGAUCCGGGCUCGCGUCAACCUGGGUCUUUGGGGCUCAAGAUAAUGGAAGAGCUAUUGGGCGGGUCUAUGGCCCCUAGGGCCAAGGUGCUGUGCGCCGGCCUGGAGGACGCGGGUCGCACUAUGGCGGUAGCAAAGGAGGUGCUGGGUAAGCCGCCGGAGGACGACUUUGGCCGAGCUUUGCAGCGGGUGGCACGGUCCACGGGCUCUUGCGAGGUGGUCUCAAAGGGAACCUACGGCAAUACGCUGUUCACCCUCCGAAAGGGCGCGGAGGACGGGAUGGAGGAACUGGCGCACAGGUCUGAUUUCGGCAAGUUGCCGCCGAACACCGUGCGCGCGGGCCCGGCGUCCAAGAAAGGGGUGACUUUAAAUUCAGUCCUGAGGACGGGGUCGAUCGAGGGGCUGCAUUACUACGAUCAGAACGGGCCGAUGGGGUUUAUAGAUCUGGUGUUUGGCUGGUUGGAUAUGGGAGUCUCGGCCGACUUUGUGAAUAGCAUGGUGUGUAAAGUCCACGCAGAAUUCCAGAAGGCGUUUAAUAACUGGCUGGACGGGUCCGUUAAGGAGCCGCCAAAGUUAGCGGUGUUACCGACACACUUGCAAGCCCUCAUCGAUGAUGAGAUGGCUGUGGUCAAGCGUGUGAAUGAGUUCCAGCGCCGUGUGAGCGGCGGGGUGUCGUCCCCAGCUUCGGGGCAGCGGGGCGAGGAAGCGCAACUGGAGCUGAAGAAGUCAAAGAAGAAGAAGAGGAAGAAGCGCGGCCGGGACGACGCCGACGGGGCGCCCGCGAAGGCGGGCAAGCCGGCGUCGAAAGGGACGGCCGCAAGAGGCGCUGGUAAGGAUGCGGGCUACGUGGAUGCCUUGUGGGACCUGUCGAAGAAGGACGGCCAAACGAUCAAGGAUAAGGGCAUGGGCGCCUGCCUCGGUUUCCUGCGGACAGGCGAGUGUAAGUUCGGCGCCAAGUGCAAGUUCUCGCACAACAAGCGCUUUUGGGAUGGCCACGGGGUGACGUGGUCGGCGGUGAAGGCCGCAGCGGGGGGCAAGGUGCCGGGCUCCGACUCGGAGUCGGAAGAUGGAAGCGGGUCGCGGUCGCGUUCGCGAUCGCGGUCCCAGCGGCGGGAUUGA